AUGACGCUUGCACUGUGGCUUGGUGUGGCUGGCGGUGCCGUGGCUCUGCACCUCAUCUGCCGCAUCUGGCUUGCGCUUCGAUCGCCACUCCUCGGCGUUCCCGGGCCCUGGCUGGCGCGCUUUUCAGACCUUUGGUACUUGAAAACCCUGCUUGGCAAGCGGCAGUUUGCAACUAUCAGUCGCGAGUUACACCAACAACAUGGUGCCAUUAUCCGCUAUGGCCGCAAUCGAUACAUCAUCGACGACCCAGACGCCGCCAAGAUAAUCUAUAGCUUUACCACCCAGUUUCAAAAGUCAGCCUGGUACAGCACCUUUACCACACCCGGUGUUAGCCACCUGUUCAUGGAGCGCGACGUGAAGCGUCACGCCGCCUCCCGGAAGGUCUUCCAGAACACGUACAGCAUGUCUUCACUUGUUUCGUACGAGCCCUAUGUCAGAAUCUGCGGCGACUUGCUCGGGCAGCACCUGACGGAGUUUGCCAACGUCAAGAGCACAACAAAUGGCGGCCGGCCCACCCCCCUGGAUCUCACUCACUGGCUCCAGUGCUACGCGUUUGAUGUCAUCAGCGGCGUCACAUUUGGUAAGCGCAUCGGGUUCCUGGAUGCCAUGCAAGACGUCGGCGGGCUGAUGGCACUCCUGGAUUACGCCACUUAUUCUUCCGCCCGAAUGGGUAUCUAUGCCUCUAUGCGGCAGCUCUUGAUGCCACUCUCGAACAAGCUGGCCUCGUGGCGCGGCCUGACGCCCGACGAACUGAUCGAGUUUAUCGUGGGACAGGUACAGCAGCAUUGUGGCGGCGGCGGCGGCACGGGCAACACAAAGCCAUCAACCUACGAAAUCGAAGACGGCCUGCGAGGUACCACGGUGCAGGAUCCUUUCGUGGCCAAGUUCAGCCGUCGACACCUUGAAGACUCCGAGUCUAUGCCGAUGCACCAGAUCAUAUCGGCAUGUAUAGGCAAUAUCUUAGCAGGGUCAGACACCACAGCCAUCUCUCUCUCGGCAUGCAUGUUCUACCUGCUGAAGAAUUCAGCCUGCCUGCAAGAGCUGCGCCGGGAAGUCGAUGCAAUCCACAACACAUCCGAGGUGGCUGAUGAUCGAGGCUACAUCAGCUUCGGCACUGCCCAGAAGAUGCCUUACCUGCAGGCCGUCAUCAAGGAGGCUCUGAGGCUGCACCCCGCCGUCGCACUGCCCCUGGAGCGCGUCGUCCCUGUAGGCGGAGCUACAAUCUCAGGGACCUUUUUUCCCGAGGGCACAACCGUCGGCAUCAACCCAUGGGUCCAGCAUCGCAACAAGGCCCUCUUUGGACACGACGCAGACGAGUUCAGGCCAUCCAGAUGGCUGUCGGAGGACACAGAGAAAGUCGCGCUGAUGAAUCGCUCAUGGAUGCCGUUCGGGCAGGGCACGCGGACCUGCAUCGGCAGGCACGUCUCCCAUCUCGAAAUCUCGACGCUCAUCCCGCGGCUGGUGAGGGAUUUCGAUUUCCAGCUCGCCGGGAAGCUGGCCGAGCCCGGUGCCUCUUGCGAUAUAGAUAACGGCUGGUUCGCCAAGCAGAGAGGAUUCAUGGUCACUGUGGAACUCCGAAAGUAG